UCCGGGGGAGGCGGAAUUAGGGGCCUCCACGGCCCCACGGGCUCGCUCGGGAGGCAGCCUUCUCUCUGGGCAUCAUGGAGGAGACAGCGGCGGGGCAGGGACGGCGCGAGCUUCACAAGCGUCGGGGGGGCCCAUUCUGGAAGGAGACGUACCGUCAGCGAUGCCUCGAGAGAAUGAAAAGCAGCCGGGCCCAGCUCCUGGACAAGUAUCGGCGCGUGGGAGAAGCUCCCAGCGGGCUCAUGGCCCAGGAGGUGAUGGAGGAAGAAUGGCUGGCCUUGCAGUCCACACAUGUGAGCCUGGCGGCCCAGAGGCCCAGCGAGACUUCUGUACAGGUGGAGGACCCUGAGGAACUCGAAGUCUUGGAGGAAAUACAGCAGGAGCUGCUGAGUCAAGAACAGGCCUACAUCGAGGAGUACGAAAGGAGCCUGCGGUUUGAUGACGAGUGUCUCCGGGCCCUGCUGGAGGGGCUCCAGGCAGACAGGCUCAUCUGCCCUGUGUGUACCAGGUACCACCUGACCGUGGCGGGAGGCGUGGUCCUGUGUCCGUGCGGCCUCCAGCUCUUCUCUCAGGCUCCCAAGCUGACAGAAGAAGCCUUCGGAGCCCUUUUAGAGGAAAGUGUCAACAGACACAGCGAGUUCUGUGCCCACAGGCCCGAGUUUUCUGUCACCAGUGGAACGGAAGAAAAUGCCAGCCUCCUCCUGAGCUGUGCGGCAUGUGACACUUGGACUGUGCUCCUCUGACGGUGGCCUCAGCAGGAGGAGGAGGAGGAGGGGGUCCUUCCUCCUGAACCCGGGGCUCACGCUUAC